AUGAAUGUAUAUGUGGAUCACUAUAAUGAACCUAUCUUCGACUGGAUUGAAGCUGAGGAAAGUGAAAGUGAAAACGAAGACUUAGAUGAAGAUGAGGAUUCAGUUAUUCAAGAUUCAUAUUCUGUUGAUCAUGAAGAAGAUGAUGCUACCUAUCCAUUUCCAGCAAACAAAACUGUACAUGAUAGAUUUUUAAACAUCCUUUGUGAACCUAUAGAGAGUGAAAAUCAAGAUGAUGAAUACGUGCCACCCCAAUACCCUGUGUAUGAUGAGAGACAACCAUGGGAUCAUAUGAAACCAAUUAUAGGUAUGCGAUUUUCUAACCCUACUGAGCUUAAACAUAUGUUAAGCAAUUAUGCAGUUGCUAAUGGGUCAAAUCCUGGGUCUACUGUGAGAUUGGAUGUAGACAUUAUGCCAGAUUCCACAACUUUGUUUUCCAAGUUUUAUUUGUGUUUCAAAGCUGUAAGGGAUGGUUGGUUAGAAGGGUGCAGGCCUGGGUUAUUACAAGCAGUUAAGGAAAGAUGUCCAAAAGCUGAACAUAGGCAAUGUGCUAGACACAUUGUGGCCAAUUUUAAUAAAAGGUUUACUGAUCAAGCAUACUUAAAGUUAUUUUGGAGGGCUGUAAGGGCUAGUACUGUGGAGAAGUUUAGAGGUGUAAUGGAGCAGAUCAAAUCUAUUGAUACUCAUGCUUAUGAUUACCUUAUAGAUAGAGAUCCUACUACCUGGUCUAAGGCAUUCUUUCAAGAAGGAAGAGAUUGUGAUGUUGUGGAGAAUGGGGAGAUUAGGUUAUUUGUGAUGGAAAGGAUAUACACUCAGAAAGUUGAAGGAAUGGAAUGGGAUUUGCUUAUAUGCCCAACUAUUAGGAAGUGUAUAGAAGAGCUGAAGGUUAAACAAAGAUUGUGGGGAGUUACUCCUUGUGGUUAUCAAAAGUAUGAGGUUAGAUUCACUGAUGUUGCAUAUGGAGUGGAUCUAAUUGCAAAGAAGUGUGCCUGUAGAAUAUGGCAACUUACAGGGAUACCAUUCUUACAUGGAGUGGCAACAAUCUCUUACUUAAAUCAUGAUGCAGAGACAUAUGUGUCCCAAACAUACACUACUGAGGCUUACCUAGAAUGCUACAAAUAUAGCAUUAAUCCUCUCAAUAGUAGUGAUAUGUGGCCAGAUGUUCCAUACCAUAAGCCUUUGUCUCCCAAAAGAAGAAGAUUACCUGGUAGGCCAUCAGUGAAAAGGAAGAGGGAUGCAAUUGAACGAGAGUUAACUAGACCAAGUAGACAAACUGUCUCAAGAAGGGGAAGCAUGAUAAAGUGUGGUAUUUGUAAGGAACCAGGUCACAACAAGAAAAAGUGUCCAUCUAACCAGCAAAGCAAUACAUCAGUACCAAGUUCAUCCAGGGGCAAUGGAGCAGACCCAAGUUUAUCCAGGGGAAAUGAAGGACCACCACCUACAACCCAACCACCACCACCACCACCACCUGCAGCCCAACCACCACCACCACCACCACCACCACCUGUAGCCCAACAACCUCCUCCACCACCACCUGUAGUCCAACCACCUCCACCACCACCACCUGCAGCCCAACAACCUCCUCCACCACCACCUGCAGUCCCCAUGCCAAGAAGAAGGGUCUUAGUUAGUAGAAGUGGAAGGAUGAAAUAUUCUGAACGGAUCAUCAAACAAGCAUUAAGGAGGCAGAUACCUGGGGUUGGGAGCAAUGCAGAUAACCCUUCAGUUAUUGAUUAA